AAACUAAUAUUUUUGGUGCCGAAGUUUGAGACCGAGGUGAAGCAUAGCAUCGCAUAACUAGGAAGAAUGUCAAGCUAUCUGCCCGAGGACGCGGUGGUGAGAAUUCUCUCAUGUCUGCCUCCAAAAUCCUUGAUCCGAUUCAGGUCCGUCUCCAAAGCUUGGCUUUUUCUCAUCGGGAACCCCGAUUUCUUCUCCAAAAACCUCCUCAAUCAAUCUAUUCUCACCCAAAAUCCCACUUCUCCUCUCCCACUGAUCCUAGUCAAAGCUACAAACAAAUCCAACCCCGGGAAGCAAAUUUACUCUUUCCUCUCUUAUGGGAACCUCGACAUCGUGUCUCAAGUUCCUCUGAAUCUCCCGGAGUCAUCGGACCGUCGUUUCCUUAGUUCAACCCAAGGCGUAUAUAAUGACCUUAAGAUCGUUGCAUUCUGUAAUGGUCUACUUGGCCUCCACCACCAUUAUGUUGGAACCAGAGACAUCUAUCUCUGGAACCCCUCCGCGCCAUCGGGACUCAACGUUCUUCCGAGCGUAUCCCAUCACGGUCAACCUGAGCUUACAGUCCUUACCUACGGUGUUGGGUUCGGUUUCGACCCGAGAUCAAACGACUUCAAGGUGGUGAGGCUUCUUGCGUUUUUGUCCACCACUGCUUCCUUCCUAAUGGAUACUCAUUACGGAGCGGAAGUGUACAGCAUGAGAGACGGGUCUUGGAGACUGCUCGACCUACUCAUGCCCGUGAAUAUUUAUUCAGAUUCGCCGACCGUCGCUUUGGGAGGUCUUUUUUUAUGGUAUCUUGGAUUUCACUACGACGAGGCCACCGACGAGGACGAGUCGAUUUUUGCUUUCGACUUCAGCGAUGAGGUUUUCCGAAAGACGCGGUUCCCGGAUGCCAGUGUUUUUCGGGAUUACGGUCAAUGCGCGCGGACUCUCACUGGGCUAAAGGGCUCCAUUGCUAUGCUGGUUUUCCCUCGCGCACCAUCGAAUACAAAUUUCUGUUUGGAUUUAUGGGUUUUGCUUGAAUUUGGUAUCAAGGAAUCGUGGACUAGACUUAUAUCGAUUGGACCUUUAUUGGACGUGGAAAGGCCAUUGGGGUUUUGGAAUAACGGACAAUUGUUCCUGGAGAAUAGUGAAGGGCAGCUGGUGUUGUAUGAUCCUUAUACAGAGAUAAAGAAGAAUCUUCAGAUUGAAGGGGUUAAGGGAUCAUUAGAAGUCGCUCUCUACAUGCAGAGUCCGGUGGCAAUCAACGGAGCGGUUGAGAUUAAAGGGCAGGACAACCUGUGAGGUAAAUUAGAACAGAAGUGAUGAGCCAGGCAAAAUCGCAAGAUGUGAAAAUUUGAAAUCUCAAUUCAAUCAGAUCCCAACAUGAUUAUUCACCUUGACAAUAGAAAAAUGGAAGGGAAAACAGAAGACGGAAGAAACAGCAUGUCAGUGAUAGAAUUGCAUUAUUUGUCGUCAAGCAUUAGGAAUUGAGCAGAACUGCCUCUCGUUUCUAUCUCCAAUAUCCUUUUGUAGAAUUUUCCUUUUAUGCGAACCUUUCAUAUGCGUGUAUAUAUUUACUGUGUACAUAAAGUUUCUACAUUCUC